AUGAAACGGCAUUCGGAUGAACUCAUGGCGUCCGCGGACACGGUUGGAGCAUACUCCACCAAUACCAAUCGUUCACCACCUAGGUCUAGGCCUAACUUGGUAACGAUAUCUAAUGUUCAAACAAAUUUUGUUACACAAGGUAUAAAUAAUUCGAAUAUACAAUUCAAUACCGUACAGCCGUUCAGUACACCAACAAUGCCAGUCCUAGCUUUAAACGAUAAAAUACCAGGCUCACUACCUGGUGGUUCUGUAAUGCCAGCUCUUCAUACAAUACAAACACAGCAUUCUAUUCAACAGAUUAGACAGAAAGUUAUACCAUCUUCAACAAUAAUUCAACAUCAGCAACAACAAACCCAAUUUCAGAGGCUCAAGGUCGAAGAUGCUUUAUCCUAUUUGGAUCAGGUGAAAUUUAAAUUUAGUAACCACCCUCAAGUGUAUAAUGACUUCUUAGACAUAAUGAAAGAAUUCAAAUCACAAAGUAUAGAUACUCCUGGAGUGAUUACACGAGUCUCAAACCUAUUUAAAGGUCAUCCAGAACUUAUAGUAGGUUUUAAUACGUUCCUACCCCCUGGUUAUAAAAUAGAAAUUAAAAAUAAUGAACUUGGAUUUCAUGUUUCUGUAUCAAUACCACAAAGUCCUGCAAUUACGUCUUCCCAAACUAUAAUUCAUUCGACAACUCAACAUAUAAUGUCCAGCACUCCAAUAGUUACUACUCCACCAGUCACUUUGACUACCACACCUCCAGUAGUAAUUAAACCAGCUGGACAUUUACCUAUAAACCAGGUCAAUACUACUUCAGUUGUAAUAAAUCAUCAUACAGUUCAUAAUAGUGUGACACCAACUGCACCUUCUACCAGUUUUCAUCCAACACAAAUACCUUUAUCUGUAGCGAGUUUAAGCCAAGUUGCUGCUUCUAAUAUACCUCAAGUAUCGAUACCUACUACACAGGAAUCUACAAAUUCACACAAUCAACCAGUUGAGUUUAAUCAUGCCAUAAAUUAUGUGAAUAAAAUUAAAAAUCGUUUUCAAGGGCAGCCAGAAAAAUAUAAACGCUUUUUAGAAAUAUUACAUACCUAUCAAAAAGAGCAAAAAUCUCAAAAAGAUAAUAUGGUUCCAUUAACAGAAAAAACUCUAACAGAAGCUGAAGUUUAUCAGCAAGUUGCCAAAUUGUUUGAAAACCAGGAUGAUUUACUAGUUGAAUUUGGACAGUUUUUACCAGAUGCUAAAACACCUGAUGCUAAACUGGCUACAGAAACCAUUACUGUUCCCAAGAAGACUUCAGUUGUUACUAGUAUACCACCUCCUAUCAUUGUGCCUCCCGUUAAAAAAGAUGUAGUAAAUACUCCAAUUAUUAAAGAAAGUAUUAAAGAAACAAGUGUUCAAAAUAUAUCUUUAAAGAGAACUUCAUCGUUUUCAUCCAGUCAAAAUUUACCACCACCAAAAAGACCAAAAUCCCCAUUCCCAUGUUUAGGAGAUAUAUCUUAUGUAGAAGCAUAUAAGUAUGGAACAUUAACAGAUUUUGCAUUUUUUGAUCUUGUCAGGAAGUCUAUUCAUAAUUCUUCUGCUUAUGAUGAUUUUUUAAGAUGUUUAGUUUUAUACUAUAAUGAAAUUAUUUCUAAAUCAGAACUUUUAAAUUUGGUUCAACCUUUUCUUGGAAAAUAUUCAGAAUUAUUUAGACGAUUUAAAGAUUUUAUUGGAACUAGUGAAAAAAGUAAUAAUGCUACCACGGCUCCAACGGAAAACAAACUUUCUGGGCUACCACAUCUUUCAUUACUUGAUCCCGGAUCUAAUCGACAAGAUAGAUCAGCUGGUGAUCUACCUACUGAUAUAGAUUAUAGUAUAUGUAAAAGGUUAGGUGCAAGUUAUUGUGCUGUACCCUCAGAUUAUAAAACUCCCAAAUGUAGUGGUAGAACGAAAAUGUGUUUUGAAGUAUUAAAUGACACAUGGGUUUCUUUUCCCACGUGGUCUGAAGAAUCAUCUUUUGCAACCAGUCGAAAAACUCAAUAUGAAGAAUACAUGCAUAGGUGCGAAGAUGAACGAUUUGAACUUGAUCUCGUAAUGGAAAUUAAUUUGUCAGCAAUAUAUUCUUUAGAAGAAAUACUUAGGAAGACUAAUAGAAUGACUUUUGCCGAAUUAGAUAGAUUUAGAUUGGAUGAUAAUUUAGGAACUCAACCUAGUUUAAUGUCAACUAAUGUACGAGCUAUUAGAAGAUUAUAUGGAGAAAGGACAAAAGAUAUACUCGAAGGACUCAAAAUAAAUCCGGUAAACGCUAUUCCAGUAGUUUUAAAAAGGCUGAGAUCCAAAGAUGAUGAAUGGAAAGAGGCACGAAAUACCUUCAAUGAAUUAUGGAAAAAUCAAAAUGAGAAGUAUUACCUUAAAUCAUUAGAUCAUCAAGGUGUUAAUUUUAAACAAAGUGAUAUGAAAUUUCUGAGAUCAAAAUCAUUAUUAAAUGAAAUUGAAACUAUAUUUGAUGAGCGUAAUGAACAAAGUGACAACAACAAUGGUCCGCAUAUGGUGUUUUCAUAUACUGAUAAAUCAAUUAUAGAUGAUGCUGCUAAUUUGUUGAUUCACCAUGUUAAGCGACAAUCAGGUAUUAAUAAAGAAGAUAAACAAAAAGUAAAAUCACUUAUUAGAUCAUUCAUUCCUGAUAUGUUUCAUCAUCCUAGACAAGAAUUAAGUGAUGAUGAACAUGAUGGUCUACAUGAUUUUUCUAAUAAUAAUUCACCCGAAUCAUCAAAACUAUCUUUACGGAUCUCUGAAGAAAGUAAUUUAUCUGAAGUAAAAACGAUAGAUAGUGAUAAAUUAAAAGAAUAUUCUAAUAUAGAAGAAUGUUAUACACUGUUUUUCGGCAAUAACUACUGGUAUUUGUUCCUUAGACUUCAUCAUAUCCUUUGUGAUCGACUUACUCAGAUAUAUAAAAGGGCUACACAGUUACUCCAUGAUGAAUGUAUUUAUCAAGUGACUAGGUCUGAGUCUGUAGCAGCAAAACUAAAUCUGCUUCCUAAAUCAGAUAUUAUGGUGGAAGAUUACUAUCCAGCGUUACUUGAUAUGGUUAAAAAUGUUUUGGAUGGCAAUUUAGAUGCCAUUACCUAUGAAGACACGUUAAGAGAAAUGUUUAGUAUUCAUGCAUAUAUUGGAUUUACUCUUGAUAAAGUUGUUGCUUAUGCUGUUCGUCAGUUACAGAAUUUAGUAACUGAUGAAUCAUGUCAAGAAUGUUAUAAUAUAUUUCUAAAAGAAAGUAAAAAAAAUGGAACAGGAGGCCUUUGUAGUACAGCAUGUCAAAGAGUUGCUCAAGAAGCAGCAUAUCAACGUAAAGUUGAAGCAGCUUUAAAUAAAACUAAUAAUUGUUAUAAAAUAUAUAUAUAUAAAUCAAAUUGUAAAUUAACAUUUGAGUUGCUGAACAAUGAUCCAGAUGAUAAGGAUAAUGGAAAAUGGACAACUUAUGAUAAUGAACCAUUAUCGGAACCUAAUGAUGACAAACAAGAAGAAAAUCAAAGUCCUAAUAAAGAUUAA